AGAGUGAGUAAAGAGGGAGGGGAGGUUUAUCCAACAGCGCUAGUGAGACAGAAGUUUCAGCUCUGCGCUUCACAAAGAGCAAGACAGAAGAUAACACGCACAGAUACAUACAGAUACAAUGCUGCUCCCAGCGAGCGUUCUGAUUGGCCUGCUGUGCCUGAGUCACACCGGCGGUGCGUGGGGUUUCGCCCGUCUGCUGGACGACGUGGAGCUGCGCUCGGCCUUCUCCGUCUCACGCACCAACAGCAUGGAGGGCGGGCCCAAGAUGACCGUGACCUUCGACACGGUUUACGUGAACAUCGGCGGAGAUUUCGACCCCAAAGCCGGCUUGUUCCGCUGCAGGAUCACCGGGGCGUACUACUUCUCCUUCACGGUGGGGAAGUUCCCACACAAAGACCUGUCGGUGAUGCUGAUGAAGAACAGGAAUGAAGUGCAGGCCAUCGUGUACGAGGAGAACGCCGGCGAGGAGAGGAAGGUGCAGAGCCAGAGCGUCAUGCUGCAGCUGGAGUUCGGCGACACCGUCUGGCUGCGUCUGCACGGUGACCCUCGCUACGCCCUCUACAGCAACACCGGACACUACACCACCUUCAACGGCUACCUCGUCUACCCCGACACCUACGGCUUCGACGCACCACCACCAGCACCACCCGGACUCCAACUCCCAAGAUCCGCCUUCUCCGUGGGGCGCACCCAGAGCAUCGUGGGAGUGGACCAGGUGGGCCUGCCGCAGCACCAGCCGGUCAGCUUCGACACAGCGUUCGUCAACAUCGGAGAAGACUUCAACGUGACGGAGGGGGUGUUCACCUGCCGCGUCCCCGGAGCGUACUACUUCUCCUUCAACGUGGGCAAGCUGCCGCAGAAGACGCUGUCCGUCAAGCUGAUGAAGAACCACCUGGAGGUGCAGGCGAUGAUCUACGACGACAGCCAGGGCGAGAAAGCUCUGCAGAGCCAGAGCCUGAUGCUGUCGCUGAAGCCGGGCGACACCGUCUGGCUCUACUCCCACCAGAGGGAUGGCUUCGGCGCCUACAGCAACCACGCCAAGUACAUCACCUUCACUGGCUUCCUGGUUUACCCAGACUUCCCCAACACCACCGCCACAACCACCACCAGCCAAUCAUACGCAGACAAGAAGCCCUAGCUGCAGCACACUGCAGAGCGAGGGACUGAACAUUGUGGGAGGAAUUCAUGCAAAGUGGAAAAGUCUCGGCAGCAGUUAGUGGUUGGUGUGCAGAGCGCUUGUCUCUCUGACGUCUCCCCUUCAUAAUUCCCUCACAAAGUCACAGGGACCUUGGACUGAGUGCACAGCUUAAAGAGAACAUCUCUUCAAUUUCAAGCUAAUGGCUUCCCGGGAAAUGACUCCAUCGCACUCAAACGUGGAACCAUGAAUGACAGUAAUGUGAACUCUAAUUGAAUAUUUCGCUCUAUAAUGAAAACACAGUCGUUACCUGAUUCCCUCUGUGUCAGACAGCCUCUUUUUUUUAACAGGAAAACUUUUUUUUUCAAUCUCAAACCUAUUUCCACCCCUAGUUUGUGUGAAUAAGUGGCUAAUGGGGACAACAAUUUUUGAAAGUGGUCGAGUAUUGAGCGGGAACGGGCUGCAAGGGCAAUUGUGCACAGUCCACUAAAAGUGCUUGUUUUUGCCACUGGCAGGCUCAGAUUGCUAUUACUUUAAGGUGUGUUUUUUUGUCCUUUUUUCAGCUUUAUGGAUAGUGGUAGGGAUGCAUGAAAGGGCUCUGAGCCAGAUUCGAACCCAGUGCCACAGAUCUGUCCCAGUCUGCCAACAUCAUGGAAAGAACCCUACAGAGAAAGUUUUUCUUUAGCUUUUGCUUGAUGCGGUGUGUUUGUUAUUCUGUCCAAGUCUCACUCAAGGAGAAGUGUCUUCUAAACUCUGAACUUUGGGCAGCAGCAGCUCCAACUCUUUACAACCUCUUCCUCACAGCACCAUCAGGAACAUCAGUCUUCCGAGCUUCGUGGCAUUGCAGCAGCUGCUCUCUUCUCUCUCCUCAUCUGCUCUUUAAUUUAAGCUCUUCAUCUGUAAACUCUGGUUCAAAUAAACACAGAUUGCCACUGAAUGCAAAAACUUUAUCCACACGGUUAGAAUCAGCUAAAUAUUCAGUCAUGACAUUAAAAAUCUGUUAGCUUCACAACAAACUCUUCCCAGCACGCCUCUCUGCUAACCUCUGUCUCCCGGCAACAAGUCAAGAUUUCUCCUCACCUCCUUCUCUGCCGGGUUCUUCCCAUUAUAUUCUCAGACACUCAUAAUAACAAUCUGAGCCUGUCAGUGACAACAACAAGCUCUUUAAGUGGACGUACAUUGAUGAUGCACAAUUGCAGUUGCAGCCUGUUUUGCAGCUCUAGUACUCUCACUCAAUACUGGACCAAAAAUUGUUCUCCCAAGUAGUUACUUAGAACCAAAAACAUGAGGAAUAAAAGGACCAAGGAUGAAAAAUAGCAAAGUUUUCCUUAAAGUUCAUUCAAGCACCAUAAGGAGUUAGAAACUGUACUUCUAUGUUGAAAUCUGUACAUUGCAGCUCAAAAUAACUCUCCUGAGUCCACUGUUAGUACUCUGUGAUUGAAGCAUUUUAUACUCAAAUAAUUGCCCUGUGGGUGCAGAAGUUGGCACAUAUCCUCUUGUGGAAAAAAGUGAAAACAAAAUGCAGAUUCAGUCUGAUUAUCAGGCUCAAAUAAAAUACAUUUAAUGCAUUUUAAGCUCUUUUUUGCAUGUAGUGGAAAACAAAUCUGGUGUUCUUCAGACACAAAGCUGAGGAGGUAACCACAGUUUCAUUCUGUAGUGAAAUGUUUCUGUAAGUGCAUUUGUUCUCCUCGUCAAAGACUCGUGUUUCUGCUUGUAUGUUACUUUGUGUAUGUCUUUAGAGGCAUGUGAAUCUGAUAUGAACAGUGUGUUUUGUGUCAAAAUGAGUCUCUCUUUUCUUCAUUUUGGAGCGUUUCUCGCUCCGUUACUCGGCCGCAGAGGGAGCAGGGGACAACAGGACAAAAACUGGAAAAGAAAAAAGAAAAAGAAAAAAAAAGACUUCAUAUCCACCCCACGCCGACUGUUGACCACAUGCCACCUC